AUGCCCCCAGCACCACCGCCAGCACCAGCACUAGCACCAGCACCAGCACCAGCACCGGCACCGGCACCGGCAGGCUUCCAAGAACUCAGAUUCAACUCCGACAUCGCGCAAAUCAACCUCCGCCGCACCCCCGCCAACGCACUCUUCCACAAAGACCCCGGCUUCUACGCGCGCUCGCAAGCCACCAUCGCCCUGAUCGAGCGCGCCCUCACCACCCUGAGCGCGUCCCACUCCGCCAAUGAGUUCCUCCUCAAUGAGUACUACCGCUACACCUACGACAUGCAGACGUCACCGCACCACGCGGCCUGGCGCGCCUGGAUCGACCCCCCGUGGACCGCCGGAACACGCGCUUUCCUCAACAUGCAGAGGGAUAUGGCGCUGCCGGUGGCGGUGGGGGUGGUGAAUGCGGCGAAUAUCGAGGUGAGGGGGUGGCUGGCGAUGGUGUUGGCGUAUCCGCCGGGGGAUGUGGAGUAUUUGCAAGCAUGGAGGAUGGCGACGUUGGCGGCGGGGUUGAAGGAUAGGGAGUUGGUGUUUGAGGCUCAGGUGCUGGCGGAGUUGCAAAAGGAGGAAACGGUACUGUGGAGUAAUAACUAUGAUAUUAGGAUGGGGGAUGAGUGA